CCUGUAUUGCCUCCCUGCCUCCCCUCCAAGGGCUCACAGGUCCUCCUUGCCUGGCUCAGCCUUCUUGCUAAAGUGGGCACACCCAGGGUCAGGCGACAGGGCUGCUGCCUGGCUAAUUAAAAGCUCCGGAGUCCCGGGCAAGCUCUCAGUGCCUGCAGAUCCAGCUGCAGCCAAAGGUUUGAUUCCAGGGACAAGAACCUCUUUGGACAAAGACAACUCUCAUGUGAGGCACUGAGGCUCUUGGACCGGGAGGACUGUGAACAAUUGGUUCUCAUGGCAAUGAUGGCCUUCUCUCCACAAUCUAAAGUACAUUAUCCUCCUCAAGAAAGCUCUGAAGAUUCAGAAUGUAAAAUCCACAAAGAAAGUCAGGAAUUUCCCAGAACCUACAGGAUCUAUGACUCCCAACAGAUGGUGUGGGUCCUGGCAGGAAAUUCUCUAAUAGCGGUGCCUGCUAGCAGCAAUGUCAAGCCUGUCAUUCUUAACUUGAUAGCAUGUAGAGAUCAAGAAUUCCAAGAUAUUGAAAAAGGUAAUCUAGUUUUUCUGGGAAUCAAGGGCGAAAAACUUUGCCUCUUCUGCGCUGAAAUUGGGGGCACACCGACUUUGGAGCUUAAGGAUGUAAGCAUCAUGGAAAUAUACAAAGAGGGCAAAGCACCGAAAGACUUUCUCUUCUACCACAGCACAGAGGGCUCCACUUCUGCCUUCCAGUCAGUCUCCUAUCCUGGCUGGUUCAUAGCCACCCCUGCCACGGCAAGGCAGACAGUCACCCUCACACAACAGAGGGGUGAAACUACUAGUACCAACUUCUACUUAGAGGCUGAAGAUUAAAGUCCAGCAUGGGCCAGAUGUGUGGCUGAGUCCAGGACAAAGAAGCAAACGAAUGGAGAAUCCUUUACUUGAAAACACGGCAAGGCAUCGUAAAAGACCACCAUGUCACCUCUGCACCAGAACAUACAUUGUAGUGUCACUCAUCUGAACAUCAUUCCAGUGUGAAACCCAAGAAUCACUUUUAUCCUUUUCUGAUCUCGUCCCACCAUCCAUUCAGCUACCAAGUACAGUCAAGUCAGAGACUUACAUGCAAUUCUCCCUCCCUGUUCUCACAGCAUCCCAUGGGGCAGAGGUGUGGAUUCCAGUGAAAAAUUCUUCCUUCUUAACUUUACAUAUGCUUAUUGUAAAUAUGAUAAAUGCCUGAAAGAUAAAUACCAAGAAUGAAGCAAUAUAAAAGAUUUUAUGUGUCUUGAUGACCAUGAGAGAUUCAGAACAUCAUCAGUUAAUAAUUUGACACACAGUAUAUGCUUUUAUUAUGGUGACUGCUAACCAAAGUGAAUAUAAAAUGAACCCAAAUUUCAGAGAGUCAGUCACAUUAAGUUGAAUUUCAAACUAAUUAUAAUGUCUUUAUUUAACUUUAUAAAGUGAAUGGAA